GAAAAACUAUUUUCAAAGAAGCAUCUAGUUUAUUUGGGUUGAAUGACCACAGCCCAUGAAUCUUUGUCCCUUCGUACUUUUCCUCUCCAAAGUCCCAUCCCCAAAUCUGAGAAACAAACACUCCUAGUAGCUUCGACCCUAGAAAGCCAGAAACUCAAAAAACAAUGGCUUCCUCCAAAAAAUCCACAACAGAAGAGAAAAAGAGCAAAGAAACCAAACCCAAAAACACACCCAAGCAGAAAAACAAAACUACUAGUACCACGAAAGGAAACCCAGAAAAGAACAACAACAACAACAAGGUUAGCAACGGCACAGUCAGCGACUCCUCCUCGGACGUGAUAAUAAUCCCAUCUUCAAGCAUUGAAUCCGGACAAGAUGAAAAACAAAAACCCAACAAAAGUUCUGAUGUGAAUAAAAGAACCGCCGUCGCCGACGCCGACACCAACACCAAAUCAAAGAAACACAAACAAAAAAAGCAAAAACGACAGGAGGAAGAGGUAAACGACGUCGUUGAUAAAGAGGAAGCGAAGACGCAUAGGUUUCCUAUGAAUCGUAUCAAGACGAUUCUUCGGAGCCAAGACUCCGAUUUGCGCAUUACCCAUGAAGCCCUUUUUCUCGUCAAUAAAGCUACGGAGAAGUUCCUUGAGGAAUUUACAAAAGAUGCACAUGCGUGUUGUGUUCAGGACCAUAAAAAGUCGCUUGCUUAUAAGCACCUAUCAUCAGUUGUUUGUAAAACGAGGAGUUUCGACUUUCUUUCAGAUUUUGUACCAGAAAAAUUAAAGGCCAAGGAUGCUUUGGCAGAGAGAAAAAUUGCUGAGACCGAGAAUGAGGCAGCCUAGGAUCUUCAAAAUGGUGCUGAUUGGGAUGAUAAUCCUGCAAUUUUCUUGAUUGAAGCUCAUUUCGAUGUGUCCUGUUUUCCCGUCGGAAGUGUAUUUUGGGGUCAGAGAUCAUAUUACUUGUUGUACAACUAUAUUGGAUCCAUGUGUCAUCACAUCUACCUAAGUUCGCUUAGAACAGUUGAACCAUAUUCAUGUUGGUCUAAGAAAUUCUUCAAAACAGGGAGAUGCGUUUUGGCUGGUUGCUUCUUUAGAUGGCCAGUGAGCUGGUUUGAAUAGAAUUCAAAGAGCUGUAAAUGCGGUUAUUUUUGCAAUGAUUUAUUGGGCUAUUCUUAUUUUGGUCAAGUUAAUUAGCAAUGCUUUGAAUGAA